AUGACAGUUCACGAUUUAAACGCUGUUGUACAAGAUUCUUGUGCAACAGCUGAUCGUAUAGAAUGGCGAAGAAUAGAAUUAUGGUCUAAAGUUUCUGAAUUCAUGUGUGAUGACAUUAAAAUACCUUAUAAAAUUAUUGAAGAAUUAGUGGAAGAAAAAGUUAUAGUUUAUCCUUGA